AUGGCCCACAGCGAAAACAUCCCCAAACACGAGGAUCGUAUGACAAGCAACGACGUCGACGGUGGACUUGUCACCUGGGACGGGCCUGACGAUCCAGAAAACCCUAAGAAUUGGGCGACUCGUCGAAAAUGGCUGGCAGUUAUCUCAAUUUCCGGCUUUGUCCUCAUGAGCCCGCUUCCAACAACUAUUGUCGCUCCUGCCUUAGACAUUAUCACGGAAGAGCUCAGCAUCACAAUUACUGUUCUAAGACCUAUGGUGCUGUCAAUAUUUCUACUGGGCUACGCUAUUGGACCCAUGUUCAUCAGUCCUUUGUCGGAGAUCUGGGGCCGAACAGUGGUGCUGCAGACAUUCAACUUUGUGUUUCUGGUCUUCAACUCUGCGUGUGGUGUUGCAAGGACUAUUGAGCAACUUCUUCUCUUUAGGUUCUUUGCUGGGCUUUUUGGGAGUUGUACUGUUGGUAUUGGAGCUGGAACUCUCGGAGACUUGUUCAAUGCCAAUGAGCGUGGUAAGGCCAUGGCAAUCUACAGUAUAUUCCCUCUUGUUGGCCAAGUCCUAGGACCCGUUGCGGGCGGUUUUUUAACUGAGCGCAUUUCCUGGCGUUGGGCAUUUUACGUCACCUCUAUAGUAGACGGCUGCGUACAAAUCUUUGGUCUUUUCUUUCUUGACGAGUCAUACACGCCAGUUCUGUUACGCAGGAAAAGAGAUCGACUCACAAAAGCUGGAGCCACAGGUCUUUACACUGAACAUGACUUUCCCAACGGUUCCAAACUCGACAUGAUGCGAACCACUAUGAUGCGUCCCAUCAAGCUUCUCACGACGCAACCUAUAGUGCAAGUCAUGGCAAUAUACCAAGGCUACCUUUACGGUAACAUCUAUAUUCUCUACGCCUCCAUCGCUGUUCUCUGGACAACCCGUUACCACGAGCGACUAGACAUAGCCUCUCUUCAUUACCUCGCACUGGGGCUUGGAACCGCCUUUGCAGCAGAAGUAGCAACACACAUAAACGACCGCAUAUUUCGCAUUCUGACAAAGCGGAACAGUGGCAAAAGCUUGCCUGAGUUCCGCAUACCUAUUAUGAUUCCCGCCACGGUUAUCCUGGCCAUCGGUCUGUUCUGGUACGGCUGGAGCGCUGAAGCUCACCUAUUCUGGCUCAUGCCUGACAUCGGGAUUGCGCUUUUCGCGGCUGCCGCGUACAUCUGCACUGUCUCGAACAAUAUCUAUGUUGUGGACACGUAUGGGCGGUACUCGGCCAGUGCCCUUGCUGCGACGUCGAUGCUACGGUGCUUGGCGGGAUUUGUGUUUCCUUUAUUUUCGCCUUAUGCAUAUGAGCGGUUGGGAUAUGGUUGGACUUCCAGCAUACUGGGUAUUAUUGCAUUGUGCAUUGGUCUGACUGGUGUUAUCUUUCUGUGGAAGUUUGGGCAUGUAUUAAGGGAAAAGAGCCCGUACUGUGCUAGUCGCGAUGUGGAUGAUUGUUGA